CCGCCGCGCCUGCUCCGCCGCCACCCGCCGCUGGAGGUGGAGUCGCGGCUGGGGCUCAGCCCGCCCCUGGACGGCAGCGUGCUGGGCUUCCCCGCGCGGCCCCCGUCGGACGGCGGCGCCCCCCUGCCCGCCCACGGGCGCCUGGUGGACUCCGACGGGCGCCCGCUGCCCCCCGGCUGCAGCAGCGGGUGCGGCCGCUGGCUGCGGGCGGGGAUCCGCUACCAGCGCACGGCGGCCGAGCCCGGGCCCCGCCGCGGCGCCAUCCCCAUGCGGGUGGAGCUGCGCGCCGGCGGAGCCGCAGUACUGCCCGGGCGCGGCGCGGCGAACACGGCCCCCUCCCUGGCCUUCGCGGCGCUGCUGGUGGCCGAGGCGGGUCGGUGCGUGCUCACCGCCCUCACCCCCGGCAUGCUGGCGGCCGAGGACCUGGAGAGCCCCCCGGACCUGCUGCUCUUCAGCCUCACCGCGCCCUGGCCCGGCCCCGGCCCCGGCCCGGCCCCGCCCGGCCCCGGCGGGCGGGAAGGCGAGGAUCUCCGGCUGCGGGGCUACCUGCUCAGCACCGACGAGCCCGGCCGGCCUCUCGCCUCCUUCACCCCGCGGGAGCGGAGGGAGCUGAAGAUCGCCGACCAGCCGCCCCCGCUGGACUCGGACCAGGAGCGCAUCUUCCAGCUGGAAAUGAAGGUGCUGGACCCUGAGGGCGCCUCUUCCCAGCCCUUUGCCUCCAUGGUGGCGGUGAAGCCCAUGAACGCCCUAGCCCCAGUGGCUACCUUCAGCCAAGCCGCCGGCCCCCAGCUCAUGCUCUUCGAGGGGCAGUCAAGGCCUCUGUCUGGCACUCUGGAGAUAAGCGACGAGGACAACCUGAGCGAGGUGAAGGUCUGGGUGACGGGGGGCCUGCGACAUGGCGAGCUCAGGGUACUGGGUGCGCCACCUGGCCGCAAGUACUUCACAGCAGCCGAGCUGGAGGCUGGGCAGGUAGUUUACCACCACGAUGGCAGCGAGCACAGUUACAGUGAUAACACCGUGUUCCGCAUGGACGACGGGCAGCACCAGGUGGAGUUUCUUUUCCCCAUCAUCAUCGCCCCUGUUGAUGACCAGCCACCCCUGCUCAACGCCAACACCGGGCUGGUGCUGAGAGAGCGCCAGGCUGUCCAGAUCUCACCCUUCGUUCUCCGCACCGCUGACAUUGAUUCUGAAGAGUCAACUAUUCGCUUUGUACUUCAGAAGGACCCUGAGGAGUCUGCUCGCUCCCACCGCCUGGGUGAGCUUCUCCUGUGCCAGGCAGAGACACCGCCAUCCUAUGAGAGGGAAGAGGACAUGGAGGAGGCUGGUGGUGCUUCCUCCUCAUGGCGCUUUGUGGAAAGUGAGGGUGUGUAUGAGAAGGUGGUGAGUGAAUGGCUGCAGCAGGAUAUCCUGGAUGGAAGGCUGUUCUACAGGCAUACAGGACCCCAUAGCACCAGUCCUGUGAUAGACCAGUUUGUGUUCCGCCUCCAGGAUGACAAUGAGCCCCCUAACCAGUCUGGGGAGCAAGUAUUCACCAUCAAAGUGCAACCAGUAGACAAUUUGCCCCCACAGCUAUACCCAGGCACUAGCCUACAGAUGACAGUCUUGGAGUAUCAGGUGACCCAAUUCAGAAAGCACUAUCUGUGCUACACUGACCUGGACACAGAUGACAGUGAGUUGAAAUACACUCUGCUUACACCCCCAACUGACAUAGAUGAGAACCACCCUCUGCUGGCUGGAGAGAUCGUGCUGGCUGACAACCCUCUGGUGUCCAUUACUCAGUUCACCCAAGCCCAGGUCAGCCAUCAGAAGGUGACAUACUGGCCUCCUGACCAGGAGCUGGGUAUCACCCCAAGAGUGGUACAGUUUAACUACAGUGUAGAGGACUCAGCGAGCAACUCUGUGCGAGGGACCUUCACACUCUUCCUGCAGCCAGUGGACAACCAGCCACCCCAGAUCACCAACAUGGGCUUCACUGUGCUGGAGGGGAGCAGCUUCCUUCUCACCACCAGGCAGUUGGAUGCCACUGACCAGGACACGGACACAGACCAAAUUGUCUUCAUCUUAAACCAGGCACCCCAGCAUGGCCACCUGCGCUAUCAGGAGGGGCUGAUUGUCCAGGGGGAAUCUUUCCUGCUAGAUGAUGAUGCCAGUGGGCAUAUAUCCUACCAGCACAGUGGUGAUGAGUCCACCAAUGACUUCUAUCAACUGGAAGUGAGUGAUGGCAUCCACCAUGUUCCAAUCACUGUUAGGAUCACUGUGCAGCCAGUGGACAAUGAAAGGCCUAGCAUCGCUCUACCUGGUGGUAAUGGGCUGCUGGGACCCUGACUUGAUGUGCUAGAAAAUGGUGUCACUGAGAUCACUACUUCCCUUCUCCAGGGCACAGAUGAAGAUACCGAUGAUCUGGCACUGACUUUCUUUGUGAAGGAUCCACCCAAGCUGGGUGACAUUCUAGUAAAUCGGGUGCCCGUGGAAAGAUUCACCCAGCAAGACCUUAUCAGUGGGACAGUAGUCUAUGCUCACACUGGUGGAGAGAUUGGCCUGAAGAAGAGAUAUGACUCUUUCAAUCUGACCCUCUCUGACCUCUCCCAUGAGUGGGUGACGGGAGGCAGCAUGGUGCAAGGGAUACGUGUGACUGUGCUGCCUGUGGACAGCAUUGCACCUAAAGUGAUUGUGGGGCCCGAGCUGUUCAUUGUCUCAGAGGGAGGAAAGAAAGCUCUGACCCAGCAGCAACUGGAUGUGGAGGAUGUGGAUACUCCCAUGGGUGACAUUUUAUGCACCAUCACUGUUCAGUCCACUUCUGGAUACCUGGAGAACAUCUCUCCAGCCCCGAGGUCUGAAAAGUCUAGGGCUGGCACUGCCAUUAGCACCUUCUCCAUCAAAGAUGUUCACCUGGGACAUAUCAGCUAUGUUCAGAGCAUCCACAAGGGGAUGGAACUUAGAUUCACUUUCUGCUGCUCUGAUGGCGUCAAUGUCUCCCCACACUACUUUUUCCCCAUUAUCAUCAUCCCUACCAACGAUGAAAAGCCUGAGCUGUCUGUGCGUGAGUUUGUGGUGCUGGAGGGGAUGAGUCUGGUUAUUGACACACCCAUCCUCAAUGGCACGGAUGCUGAUCUUCCCCCAGACCAACUGUACUUCUUCAUCAGUGUUCUCCCCAAGCAUGGGCAAAUUGUGCAGCAGCUGACAACUGGUGCCAUACCCAUCCGCAACUUCACAAUGGAGGAGAUCCAGGAGGCCUCCAGCAUUGUCUAUGAGCAUGAUGACUCCGAGAUUAAAGAGGACAGCUUCAAAGUCCAUCUAAGUGAUGGCCAGCACACAGUGGAACAAAAAGUGCUGAUCAUGGUGAUCCUUAUGGACGAUGAGACUCGUAGGAUGACUAUCAAUGAUGGGCUGGAGAUAGAGAUUGGUGGGUCUAAGGUCAUCAUGAACAGAGACCUUAAAGCCACAGAUAUAGAUUCAGAAGACAGGAACCUCACCUACAUCAUCCGCUUGGCACCCAGGCAGGGUCUUCUGCAGCAUGUGAGCAGACACGGGGAGCUGUUAGGCCCCAUUACAGUGGGCAUGAACUUCACCCAGGAUGAUAUAGACCAGGGUUUUAUCCGUUAUGCUCAUACUGGCCAACAAGGGGUCCGUGAUCUGGUUAAAUUUGAUGUCACUGAUGGCAUUAACCCCUUGAUAGACAGAUACUUUUAUAUUACCAUCAGCGGCAUUGACAUAAUCUUUCCUGAGGUGAUUAACAAAGGGUUAACUCUGAAAGAGGGUGGGAAGGUGACGCUCACAACUGACCUGCUCAGCACUAGUGACAUUAACAGCCCUGAUGAGAACCUGCGCUUUGGCAUCACCCAGGCCCCUAACCGAGGGCACUUAGAGAGCUCGGACAAUCCUGGGGUGCCUGUUGCUUCCUUCUCUCAGCUCCAGCUAGCUGGCAAUAAGAUUUACUACAUCCACACUGCAGAGGAUGAGGUGAAGAUGGAUAGCUUCGAGUUUGAAGUGACAGAUGGCUAUAAUCCGGUCUUCCGCACCUUCAGGGUCUCCAUUACGGACGUGGACAAUAAAAAGCCAAUUCUGACUAUCAAUGACCUUGUAGUUGAGGAAGGGAAGACCAAACUGAUUACCCCCUUUGAGUUGACUGUGGAAGAUCGGGACACCCCUGACCAUUUGCUCCGUUUCACGGUUACCCAGGUCCCUGUCCAUGGCCAGAUUUUAUAUAACAGCAGCUAUCCUGUGACCAGCUUCACCAAAUUAGAUUUGAAUGAGAAUCUGAUCAGCUAUAGACAUGAUGGUACAGAAACAAGCCAGGAUAGCUGCUCGUUCACUGUGACUGACGGGACCCACACAGACUUUUACAUUUUCCCUGACACCAUUCUGGAGACUCAUCAACCCCAGAUAUUGAAGAUCCAGAUCAAUCCCCUGGACAAUGGGGUGCCACAGUUAGUGGUGAACAAAGGUGCCCCAACUCUGAGAAACCUUCCGACUGGACACUUGGGCUUCUUGAUCACCAGCAAGUCACUGAAGGUAGAAGACCGACACAGCCCACACAAACUGCUGAAGUACAAAAUCACAGAUGGCCCAGACCAUGGAUUCAUCAUUAAUAUUGGCCUCGGAAAUGAGAGCAUUAACACAUUUACACAAGCUGAUAUUGAUGAAAUGAAGAUCAGCUAUGUCUUGAAAGAUGGUGAUAGUUCUACCAGUGACAUCAUCUACUUCUCCAUUGAAGACAAUGGAGGAAACAAGCUAAAGAGGCAAUGCUUCCGUUUGAGCUGGGCUUGGAUUUCACUGGAGCAAGAGUACUACAUUGUAGACGAGGACUCCAAGUUCCUGGCGGUGUCUCUCAAGCACAGAGGAUACCUAGGAGAGUCAUCAGUGAUCAGUAGUUUUUCCAAUUUUUACUCGGGUAUUGGGACUAAAGAUGGAACAGCAAAAAAGGAUAAAGAUUUCAAAGGGAAAGCUCAGAGACAAGUCCAGUUUAAUCCAGGACAGACCACGGCUACCUGGCGAGUGAGGAUAACCAUAGAUGAUGAAUAUGAAGCAUCUGAAACUUUCCAGAUCAUUUUGUCUGAUCCUAUCAUGGCUGCUCUUGAGUUUCCAGAAAUAGCAACAGUUGAAAUUGUGGAUCCUGGUGACGAAUCUAUAGUGUACAUUCCCUGGCUGGAGUACAGAGUAGAGGAAGAUAUUGGUGAGCUGUUAAUCCCUGUUAGGAGAUCUGGAGAUAUCAGCCAAGGACUAAUGGUCGUUUGUUGCACAUAUCAAGGCUCUGCCACAGGCACAAAUCCCUCCACUGUGUUAUCCUAUUCUGAUUACAUCUCCCGUCCUGAAGAUCAUACCAGCAUCAUCUGCUUUGAUAAGUAUGAGAGAGAGAAAACCUGUCGCAUCAUCAUUAUUGAUGAUUCCUUGUGUGAGGAAGAUGAGACCUUCAAUGUCACACUGAGCAUGCCGAUGGGUGGGCAAAUCGGUGCUAAAUUUCCUAGCACCAAAGUGGUAAUCCUGGCUAGCACAGGGGAUGGUGAAUCUAACGAAUUACUGCCUCUUACUCGUACAGAUUCCAAAGUCAUCAACAGGGAUCAGUCUAGCAAUUUUGCUGGAAUUGAUUAUGUGGGCAUCAGCCGAAAUCUGGACUUUGCUCCUGGAGUCAAGAUGCAGGUGUUCAGAGUGACUGUCCUCGACGACCUGGGGCAGCCUGUUUUGGAGGGUCCGGAGAAGUUUGAGCUGAUUCUCUGUAUGCUGAACGCAGUGCUUGGGGUGCCUAUCAAAACUACCAUCUUCAUCAAUGACAGCAUUACUGAUCUACCCAAAGUCCAGUUCAAGAAACCAUGGUACACAGUGAAUGAAAAAGGACAGUUAAUGGCUAUCAUUUAUCGUAGUCGUGAUAUUAACCAUAAAUCUACCAUCCGUUGCUACACUCGCCAAGGUUCUGCUCAAGUCAUGAUGGACUACCAGGAGCGACCAAACACAGAUGACUCUGUGGUGGUGUUUCUGCCAGAAGAGAUUGAGAAGCCCUGUGCGGUAAUACUGGAGGAUGAUGCAAUUUAUGAAGAAGAGGAAGAAUUCAGACUAGUGCUUGGAACACCAAAAAGUACCACAAUGUUUGGUGCUUCCAUUGGGGAGCAAAAAGAGACCCUGAUCAAGAUUAAGGAUGAAGAAGACAAACCAGUGAUUAAGUUCUCCAAAAUCAGACACAGCAUUCAGGAGCCUCAGGAGCCUGGAGAGAUUGCAGUUGUAAAGAUCCCCAUUUUACGUCUGGGUGACAGCUCAAAAGUAUCUGUUGUGCGAAUCAACAUGAAAGAUGACUCUGCCACCUCUGGGGAAGACUAUAAUCCAAUGUCUGAUGACAUUGAAUUCAAAGAAGGAGAAACUGAACAUAUUGUUGACGUUGAGGUCUUAUACGACAGAGUGAGAGAAAUGAGAGAAGCAUUUACAGUCCAUUUGAAACCAGAUGAGAAUAUGGUGGCUGAGACACAGAUGAACAAAGCCAUUGUGUACAUUGAAGAAGUGGACAGCAUUGCAGAUGUGACUUUCCCAGCUGUGCCCCAGGUUGUAUCGCUCCUGAUGUACGAUGACGCUUCUAAAAGCAAAGAGAACCCACAUCCUCCAACUGGUUACCCUAUUGUGUGUGUAACGGCAUGUAAUCCCAAGUAUUCAGAUUAUGACAAGACUGGGUCUCUCUGUGCUGGAAACAUCAAUGACACUCUGACCCUGUACCGCUGGCUUAUCAGUCCUCCGAGUGGCAGCGACGGUGUUACCAGCCCCCUGCGGGCAGUGGACUCCAACACCUUCUUUACCAAUACCAAGUCCAUCUCCCUGGACUCCAUAUACUUCCAGGCUGGAUCAAGGGUCCAGUGUGCAGCACGGGCUGUCGGUGCCAAUGGUGAUGUAGGUCUGGAACUGCUGAGCCCUGUUUACACAGUGAACAGAGAAGACGGUUUUUGUCAACCUCGGAUCCCAGGAACGGUUGGAGCAGAACCUUUCUCAGCCAAGAUUCGCUACACGGGUCCAGAUGAUCCUGAUUACCCCAACCUGAUCAAAUUAACUGUUACAAUGCCUCAUAUGGAUGGAAUGCUGCCUGUCAUCUCAACUCAUCUAUUAUCCAACUUCGAGCUGACUCUUAGCCCUUAUGGCACUCGUGUGGGCAACCACAAGUGCUCCAACAUACUGGAUUAUAAUGAGCUCCAGACCAAACAUGGUUUUGUUACAGAUGAAACCAAGAACCCUGAAGUGACUGGGGAAACGUUACCCUACCAGUACAGCAACUCUCUGCGAUCUACUAAGACCUUGCGUUUUUACUGUAACCUCAACCUGGAGGCCUGCCUCUGGGAGUUCAACAGUUAUUAUGCUGUGUCUGAACUGCUGACUGACUGCGGUGGCUACAUUGGCACUGAUGGCCAGGUGUUAAAUCUGGUGCAAUCCUAUGUCACGCUGCGGGUGCCCCUCUAUGUCUCCUACAUCUUUCACUCUCCUGCGGCCAUUGGUGGCUGGCAGCACUUUGACUUGCAGUUGGAACUGAGACUCACCUUUGUAUAUGAUACCGCCAUCCUGUGGAAAGAUGGCAUAGGCAGCCCACCAGAAUGAGAGCUCCAAGGUUCCCUCUACCCAACCAGCAUGCGAAUCAGUGAUGAAGGUCAAUUGGUGGUGAAUUUCAGGACUCAGAUUCAGUUCUGAGGACAGCUUAUAAUGUCUCACCCAGGUACUUCUCUGUCAUCAGUGGUGAUGUCUGCUGACUACCCUGACCUCACCUUCACACUGAGUCUGUUACGAAGUGAGCCAGCCUUCCACCAGCCCGUGCAGCAGUGGAGCUUUAGCUCAGACUUUGCUGUACGAGACUAUUCUGGCACUUACACUGUAAAAUGUAUCCCAUGUACUGCUGCACCCAACCAGGAAUAUACCCUUCCUAUUACCUGUAACCCAUGGGAACCAAUCACCUUUGAAGUGGAUAUCAAGUUCCAACAGGUCAGUGACCCAGUAGCGGCUGAGUUCAGUCUCAAUACCCAAAUGUUCCUGCUGUCCAAGAAGGAGCUCUGGAUAUCCAAUGGCUCCAUGGGAUUUGGGGAAGGAACAGAUGUGGCAUUUGCUGAAGGGUCUGAAAUUUAUGGCCUAGUAAUGGUGGACCCUGUUCAGAACUUAGAAGACUCUUUCAUCUGCAACAUUGAGCAGGUUUUUCUGUGCACUGGGGCUGAUGGAUAUGUGCCCAAAUACAGUCCGGAUAAUAAGGAAUAUGGGUGCCUGGCUGACUCACCUAGCCUAUUGUACAGAUUCAAGAUCCUGAAUAAAGCUCAACCUGACACCCAGGCAGAAGUGUUUUGAAAUGUGAAGUUUCAUACUAAAUUAGCUAUUGAUCAUGCAGAUGCUUUUCCUUUAGUAAAGCGGCCUGGUUCUGAUGGUUUCAGUCCUUCAUCCUCUCCUCUCUUCCAGGUAGCAGCAGGACGAGAGUGGUACAUUCAUACAAUUUACAUGGAGGGCAAGAGAAGCCUAGAGCAUCAUGAGGCACUCAGCAGCACCAGGAUGCCAAAGUGUAGUCGGAGAGCCAAUCCUGAUGGCCCUGCCCUUACGGAAGACAUAGGAACAAAUAAAAACAGGGGCACAAACAUUCAGCAUAUAGCCCUCUACCAUUCCAUUCCUUCUCAAAGCCAAGUUCUCUGUCCUUCUAAGAUGUCAUUUAAUUGCAAAAGCAAACUCAGGCACAUGACAUGUAAUUGGUUGGGUCAUGUGUUAGUACUAAAAACAGAAGUGGCCCAGCAGAUGUGCAGUAGGUUCAGGUAUGAAUGACUGAUUUAGAGUUCAAAACCAUUUUCCAGGAAUGAGAGAGAACCCUGGGAUUUUUAAACCAGCAUUUGCGAACCAGUGUAGGUGCAGCUCUAACUCUGCCUUUAUAGCCCCGAGGUAAGCCUGAUGCUUGUUGAAGGGAAAUUGAUGUUUAGUUGCUACUCUAUAGAUUUAUUUUUGUGAAAAGGAAACCAGCAGUAUGUAUAGUGAAAAUUACAUAAAUCUCUGUAAAAGAAAAUCAAAUUCUCCUCUCAGAUCUUAAUAGGGAUAUCAAUGCCAAACAAAUCUACUAGUCAGACCUGUGGGAAGAUCAGAAUUAUUGAACACCGAUCUGUUGUGAUUAUCAAAGAAGAACUUUGUUCUACAUUGGUGUAGCUAAAAGGUACUAAGACCAUGCCCUGAACAGUACAGUACUGUACACUAACAGACAAGCAAAGGCUAUAAACAUUACUCUCAUGGAGUUGCAUGUUUGGUAAAUAUUCUUCAUUACCCUAACUAUUUUAGAAUAUCCUUGAUUACUACUAAAGACUACUGUAUUCACUUGAAUUUAACAAAUGAAUUAUAAGCUCCUACAAGUACAGUCAUAGCUCAAAGAGACGAUGUGGGAAUUCUGCCUCUUAGCUGUCAGCACCUAGUUAAUUACACAGAUUUGACAGUGAUUUUCAUUGGAGUUAUUUAAGUCCUGAUUGAUUAAAUCCUAACACAAGCCAAUGGUACUUUGGGAAAUGUCUGUGUCCCCAAAAAAAGUUAGUUCCUAUCUUUGGCUGAAAGAGGAGCUCAGGAUGAGUUAUUUAUUCACAUAGAAAACAAGCAGCAAUUUGUAACUGAAUACCAGCUCAAUUAGUAAAUACAGAAUAAUCACAAAAAUCCAUAGCUGUAACUGCAAACUUUAUGCUAAGAAAUCCAUCAGGUAAGGUAUGUGAUCUGCUCUCUAUAAAAUGUAAAUUUUUUACAGUAUACCUUUGUGAAUUAAUGUUUUUAGGCAAGAAGUUCAUAUGUCAUCAU